AUGACUUUUCGAAACACCAAACGCGUAUCCAAGUAUGUGGGCAUCGCCUGGCUGUUUCUGCUGGCUUUCGUGAUUAUUGUGCGGGUCACGAACCUGGCCCUGGGCAGUGUGCAGCCGGAGGCGGUGAUGCUGACCUUCAUGAUGACCCUGCCCUUCACCCUGGGUAUUACCGGCGCUUUCAUUGGCGGAACGGCAGCCUACGACUAUUUUGCCGGCCGCAGCCGAGCCGGAGCCAACCCCGCCGCUUGA